AUGAUAAAGAAGAAGCUCAUAGCAAUGACAUUCUCUCUUCUUUCUCUGCAAGCUGUUUUCUUCCUACUUUUCUUCUUUUCUGCCUCCCAUGUCACUGCUCAAACAACAGCUAACGCUGACACGGACUUCUCGUGCUCCCCAGACUUGCCUGCUUCCUGUGAAACAUAUGUCACGUAUCGUGUCCGAUCAACUGAAUAUUCGGAUUUGGGAGAUAUAUCUGAUCUGUUUGGUGUCAGCCGUUUGAGAAUAGCAGAAGCCAGUAAACUAGCCUCUGAGGACACUCCCUUGGUUCCAGACCAACUCUUACUUAUACCCAUCUCCUGUUAUUGCAAUGGAACUAGUUUUUUCUCUAAUGUCACCUAUCAGAUUCAGAAAGAUGAUAGCUUUUACUUAGUUUCAAUCAAUGCUUUUGGGAACCUCACCAAUUAUCAUGUGGUAGAGGAACUUAACCCCACCCUAAAUCCAACCAAUUUGCAGAUUGGUGUAGAAGUGGUCUUUCCUUUGCUCUGUAAAUGCCCUACUCAGGCUCAUUCAGAUUCAAAUAUUCGAUAUCUUAUCACCUAUGUAUGGCAGCCAUGGGAUGAUAUCUUACCUGUGAGUUCAAUGUUUAAGGUAGCACCAAUUGAUAUUGCUACUGCUAAUAACUAUCGAGACUUCAGUGCCGCAGUGUGUCUUCCAGUGUUGAUACCCGUGUCACAAUUGCCAAUUCUUCCUCAUCCUCAUUCCUCUCCUGCUGAAAGAGAUAAAUUUAGGCAUCGAUUGAUGCUUAUCGUUGUUUUAAGCACAACUGCAGUGUUUUUUAUUGUUGUUUUGUCAAGCUUAUUGGUGUACGUCCAUAUUUCUUUUAAGAAAAGGAGUAUGGAAAGAAAUAUUUCUUCGUUGGAAACUUCCGAUCUGAUUCGGUUCGAGAAAGCCUCAAAAGGCAAAACUUUUGAGCCUAAGAUCAUUCAGGAUAAGCUACUUCCUGGGAUUUCAGGCUAUUUGGGCAAGCCAGUCAUGUAUGACCGAAAAGUGAUCAUGGAGGCGACUAUGAACCUUAGUGAACGAUAUAGGAUCGGAGGAUCAGUCUACAGGGCCCUGAUCAAUGGUCAGAUCUUUGCCAUAGCAAAAACCAAAGAUGCAGCAGAGGAAUUGAAGAUAUUACAGAAAGUAAAUCAUGCAAAUCUCGUGAAGUUAAUGGGUGUCUCAUCGGACAUUGAUGGGAAUUGCUUCUUGGUUUAUGAAUAUGCUGAAAAUGGGUCACUAGAUAAAUGUUUGUUCUCAAUAUCUUCGUCGUCUUCUUCUUCUGUCACAUUCCUCACUUGGACUCAGAGGUUAUAUGUAGCUCUAGACGUUGCCAACGGUCUGCAAUACCUGCAUGAACAUACUCAACCAAGCAUUGUGCACAGAGAUAUCCGAACAAGCAAUAUACUUCUCGAUUCCAGGUUCAAGGCCAAGAUUGCAAAUUUCUCCACAGCCAGACCUGCUACAAGCUCUGUAAUGCUCAAAGUCGACAUCUUUUCUUUUGGAGUAGUGCUCUUGGAGUUACUUUCAGGAAAGAAAGCCAUGGAAGCCAAAGGCAAUGGUGAGAUUAUUAUGUUGUGGAAAGAAAUAAAGGGCAUCUUGGAAGUUGAAGAGAAGAGGGAGGACAGGUUAAGGAGGUGGAUGGACCCAACUUUAGAGAGCUUUUACCCCAUUGACGGUGCUCUGAAUUUGGCAAGCCUAGCAAGAGCAUGUACGUCCGAGAAAUCUUCAGCAAGACCAAGAAUGGCAGAAGUUGUCUUCAAUCUCUCCGUUCUCACUCAAUCAUCUUCUGAAAUGUAUGAAAGGUCUUGGACUUCAGGACGGUUAGAGGCAGAAGAAGCUACUCAAAUUAUCAGGCCAGUCAUAGCACGUUGA